UACGGCCAUUCUCAUUGUACUUGUAGUGAGAAAUUAAAGCGUUUAUUUAGAUCUUUGAAGACCAAGUUUGUUGCUAUUUUAUGUUUGCCAUUAUAUGUUCGAGAAAAGUAUUUUUUUUAUGAUUAUGUGCAUUGCAGUUACCAAACUUUCAUAUGGUUAUGUCUUAAUAAGCAUAUAGUUUAUAAAUUGAUACUAUUAUUAUUGUGUGAAGUAAUUCAUGAAGUUUUGACAAUGAGUAAGGUACUGUUAUGUUUUUAUACACAAUAAGGCGUAUACUAACAUUUGGAAGGAUUAUUUAACUAAACUUACAGUUUUAUUUUAUCUCUAAAUAUGGGUUCUUUGUUUAGAAGUGAAGAAAUGGCUCUCUGCCAGUUAUUUAUCCAAAGUGAAUCAGCAUAUGCAUGCGUUUCAGAAUUGGGUGAACUUGGUUUAGUUCAGUUUCGUGAUUUGAAUCCGGAAAUGAAUGCUUUUCAGAGGAAAUUUGUUAAUGAAGUCCGUCGUUGUGAUGAGAUGGAGAGAAAGUUAAGGUACAUGGAGAAAGAAAUUAAGAAGAAUAAUAUAUUAAUUUUGGAUACUAAAGAAAAUCCAAAAGCUCCACAGCCCAAAGAAAUGAUCAAUUUAGAGGCAAUGUUUGAAAAAUUAGAAAAUGAGUUGCGAGAAGUAAACCAAAAUGCAGAAACAUUGAAACGAAACUUUUUGGAGCUUACAGAACUUAAAUAUAUUCUUCGGAAGACACAAAUAUUUUUUGAGGAAGCAGGACUAGGCAUAAAGCCACAAACAUAUGUACCACUAUUUCCAGAUCCAGGAACGGGUGAUGACCAGCAGUUACUUAUGGGGGAAGAGGGAAUGAGGCCUGGAGGUCAGCACCAUAAACUUGGCUUCGUAACAGGUGUAGUACAUCGUGAACGGGUUCCUGCUUUUGAGCGUAUGUUAUGGCGUGCUUGUCGGGGUAAUGUGUAUCUGCGAAUGACGGAAAUUGAAUGCUUUCUUGAAGAUCCCACAACCGGCAACCUAAUUCCUAAAGUGGUAUUUAUAAUUUUCUUCCAAGGAGAGCAGCUGAAAAUACGUGUCAAAAAGAUUUGUGAGGGGUUUCGAGCUACUGUAUACCCUUGUCCUGAUACCCCAGCAGACCGAAGAGAUAUGGCUAUAGGUGUCAUGACAAGAAUAGAAGACCUGAAAAUCGUAUUAGGACAAACACAGGACCAUCGUCUUAGAGUGUUAACGGCAGCAGCUAAACACAUUAGGAAUUGGUUUAUUAAAGUUGGUAAGAUCAAAGCUAUAUAUCAUACCCUUAAUUCAUUUAAUUUAGAUGUAACCCAAAAGUGCCUGAUAGCUGAGUUUUGGGAACCAUUAUCAGAUGAGAAUACCAUACAACAAGCUUUGCGCAGAGGAUCAGAACAAAGUGGCAGUUCAAUCCCUCCGAUUCUUAACCGAAUGGACACAUUUGAGGAACCACCAACAUACAAUCGGACAAAUAAAUUCACUGCUGCUUUUCAAGCUUUAAUAGAUGCUUAUGGAGUUGCAAAUUAUCGGGAAGUAAAUCCUGCUCCGUUUACCAUAAUUACUUUUCCUUUUCUAUUUGCUAUUAUGUUUGGAGACUUUGGGCAUGGAACUAUCAUGUUUCUGUUUGCUACUUGGAUGGUCAUUAAUGAAAGAUAUUACUCUGCAAAAAAGUCUAAUAAUGAAAUCUGGAACAUUUUUUUUGGUGGACGUUACAUAAUUUUGUUAAUGGGACUGUUCUCUAUAUACACUGGAUUUAUUUACAAUGAUAUCUUUAGCAAGUCUGUUAAUAUAUUUGGUUCCAGUUGGAUGGUGGUUAAUGAUGUUGAUUAUAUUAUGAAUAAUACACAUUUGGAAUUGGACCCUAAAGAUGCUUGCCGAGAUUCACCUUACUCUGUUGGCAUGGAUCCAGUAUGGCAAUUAGCAGAAAAUAAAAUUCGUUUCCUGAAUGCAUACAAAAUGAAAAUUUCAAUUAUUUUUGGUGUAAUUCACAUGUUAUUUGGGGUUGUUCUUAGCAUUUGGAAUUAUACUUACUAUAAGAAAACAUCAAGUAUAUUCACAAUGUUUUUACCUCAAGUUAUAUUUUUGAUGGCUCUUUUCUUUUACUUGGUUGUACUCAUUUUCAUUAAGUGGGUACUUUAUGGGCCAACUAAUCCUGUGGAAACUGGACCCUUCUGUGCUCCCUCCAUACUUAUUACAUUUAUAAAUAUGGUUAUGUUCAAGAACACUCCAGUCAAUGAGCCCUGCAGCCCAUGGAUGUAUCGAGGGCAACAGUACUUACAAUAUUUACUUGUGUUUAUGGCUGGAAUUUGCAUUCCUUGGAUGCUGCUGACCAAGCCUUAUUUAUUGAUGAAGGAAAAGAAAAAAAUGUUAAGUAACCAACACAACAAUGGGGAAACAGAAACAGGUAUACAAUCGCAAAAAGGAAAGUCAAAUAUGCAUGCUGAGGAAGAUGCAGACACAACAGAAAUGUGGAUACAUCAAGGUAUUCACACUAUAGAGUAUGUGCUUGGAUCAAUCAGCCAUACUGCCUCAUAUUUACGCUUGUGGGCUCUGUCUCUCGCACACGGUCAGCUUGCAGAAGUGCUAUGGAAUAUGGUAUUACGUCGUGGACUAGAAUCUGAUGGAUUUAUUGGUGGUUUUAUCUUGUGGAUUGUAUUUGCCUUCUGGGCAAUCCUUACUGUUGGAAUACUUGUACUGAUGGAAGGGCUAUCUGCCUUCCUCCAUACAUUGCGUUUGCAUUGGGUUGAGUUUCAAAGUAAGUUUUAUACAGGAACCGGCUACAGUUUUAUGCCAUUUUCAUUUGAAGCAAUAUUGGACCACAAUUAAACCAGAAAAGCAAUGUUCUUAUGUUCUGUGGUUACAAUUAAGUUCUAUAAAGUGCAUAGUUUUAGAAAUAAAUGUAUUUUUAUUUCUUAAUCAAAGGAAAUAAUACUGUAUUUCAAGUUUAUUGUACCCAUUAAAUAUUUACUACUAUAA